AUGUUUUAAAUAUCUAUUGCAUUUUCCAUUUGCAGUUAAUAUGAAUGCUAAGGAGUAUUAGACUAAUUGUGUUUGAUAAUAUCAAAAUCUAUAUUCGAUUAAGAGAAUACUUAUGAAAAUAAAUAUUUAUAAAACAUAAAGUAAAUGUCUAAUAUAAAAUUCGUGUAUUAGAGGAAAGUCCACAAAUUGCCAGCAAAGGUCUAGAAUUAUUAAGAAAUCGUUGAAACCAUAAAGACCAUAUAUCCACAACUCAAAGAAGUUCAUUUAUUUACUAUUAUCAAUCCUAGUAGAGAUUUAAACUUAUUCUUAGAUCAUCCAAUUGAAAUUGAAGAAAUAAAUUGUGAUUUUGGUUUAACAUUCCUGAAGAAGCUGUAUAAAUAAAUGAGAUGGCCAACAAUCAAAUUGCUACUUCUAGAAAAUGAAAAGGAUGAAAAUCAAAUUAAAAAUUCUAUCGAUUUACUAAAUCAAAGCACAAUUAUUUUGGAUUAAUCAAAUUACUAAUCAACUAAACCGAAAACAGAGUAAGAAAUUGAAAACUUAAAGGCUAGAGAAUAAUAAAAAUAAGUCAACGAUUAUAAAAAAGAUGAAAAAUUAAAACAAACACUUAUUGAAAUCAUUGAUGAACGAUUAAGGUACCAUAAGCUUUUGAAUUCUAAUACCUAAGAAACUGACAUGAUAGAAAAGGCUAAACAAUUAAGUUAAAUUUUCCCCUAUUAACCUCAGGAUUAGUUACUUGAAUUCGUAAAGCAUUAAGGAUCUAAUUUAUCAUUAGAUAAGUUAGCAUCUUUGCUGACUCAGAAUUAAUGA